AAUCAGAGUAGAAGAUCAUGCUGAUAAUUUUUCCAUCCAAACAGUUGCGUAAAGUACUUUUCUGAAAAUGAAUUCUCGCUUUUGCGCUGAAGAACAUCAACAUAUCAGAUACAAUCCAUUGAAUGACAAAUGGAUUUUAGUUUCCCCUCAUCGUGCAAAACGACCGUGGAAAGGACAAGUUGAAAAAGCAUUUGAAACAGAUAUACCCGAACAUGAUUUUAAGAAUCCUCUUUGUCCUGGUGCCACCAGAGCUAAUGGAGAGGUGAAUUCAUUUUAUGAAAGCACUUACGUGUUUCCAAAUGAUUUCCCUGCUUUGUUGGAAAACGUUCCUGAACCAGAUCCAUCAUCACAUCCUCUCUUUCAAGCUCAAGCAGCUAAAGGAGAAUGUCGUGUUAUGUGCUUUCAUCCGAAAUCAAAUGUCACUUUGCCUUUGAUGAAAAAUGAGGAAAUUUUGGAAGUCAUUAAUACUUGGAUCAAGGAAAUGCUUGAACUUCGUACUAAAUAUAAAUGGAUCCAGAUAUUUGAAAAUAAAGGGGAAGUUAUGGGAUGUUCAAAUCCCCAUCCUCAUUGUCAGAUAUGGGCCAGCUCCUUUUUACCUGAUGAACCAAGAGCUGAAGAUUCACAGCAGCUUAAAUAUUUUCAGAAGAAUAAUCAACCUCUUUUACUCAAUUAUAUAAAUGAGGAAAUAGAAAGGAAGGUACGAAUAGUGGUCAUGAAUGAUCAUUGGGUCGCCUUAGUACCAUAUUGGGCUGUGUGGCCUUUCGAGACGAUGCUUCUACCCAGACGACAUGUUCUUCGAUUAACUGAUCUGAAUGAGGAGGAAAAAUCAUCUUUAGCAGAAAUAAUGAAGAAGCUAUUAACAAAGUACGACAAUUUGUUUGAAACUUCUUUUCCAUACUCUAUGGGAUGGCAUGGUGCACCUGAGGAUAAAGAAUCAGAUUAUAGUCAUUGGCAACUUCAUGCGUCCUAUUACCCUCCACUUUUGCGUUCAGCUUCUGUUAAAAAGUUUAUGGUUGGAUAUGAAAUGUUAGCUCAGGCCCAACGUGAUUUAACUGCUGAACAGGCAGCAGAAAAAUUGAGGUUACUACCAGAUGUACAUUAUAAAUUGAGAGAAUAAUUGAGUGCAAAUACAGAAGUUUGUUUUAAGAAUAUGCCAAAGAUAACAAGUAAAUACAAAA